AUGAGUUUAUUAAUUAAUUACCAGUCUCCCAAGAUAUCAAAAAUAAAAGAUAAUGAAUUGAAUUUAUUAAAAAGAAAUGAUAAGGAAGAAGAAGAAAUUAAAGAAGAGGAAAUAAACAAAAAGAAUGACAGAGAACUUGAAGAAUUAUUAAAAGCCACUAAAUUAUUGGAAAAAUAUACCGCUGAACAAUUAACUGGUAAACAACGUAGAAAAUAUAAUGAUGGAAAAUUAAUUGAAUUAGGUGCAAAGCCUGAUAAUAGAGGUAAAAAAGUUCCAACACCAAUUUCAUUAGGAAUGCAAGUAAAACGAAAAGAAAAAGAACAAAAAGAACUCGAAGAAGCAAAAAAUCUUGGAUUAUAUCAUAAAUCAAUUAAACAUAAAUGGGCAACAUCAUCAUCAACAUCACCUAACAACCACAAAAACAACAAUAAUAAUAUCAAUAAUACUAAUAUUAUUAAAAAUAAAUUUAAAAAAGAUAAAGGUAUAGGAAUAGGAAUUGGAAAGAUUAAAAAUGGGAUAUUAACAUUAAGUUCUAAAGAUAUUAAAAGAAUUGAGAAAACUAAUAACAAAAAAGGUGGUAAAAGUGGUAGAAGUAAUGGUAAAAAUGGUGGAAUUAAAAAAAGUUAUGGGAAAAAAAAUAAAUUUAAAAAAUAA